AUGAGCUUCAGGUCCGACGUGGUCGAGGUGGGCUCCGAUGCUGCGCAGUCUCACGGACAGACGGAUACGUCCAGCCACGACCACAGCCUAGCCCACCGCAGCGACAGUUGCCCGACCAAUACCUGGCUGCAGGAAUCGUUCCUGCACACCGUCAACAACGCGGAGCGAAUUGCCGCCGGCGGCCCCCGCUCCGGAGUGGGCAUUUUCGGGAUCGGACUGCUAGAUAGCCACAUCAACCGUACGCCGACCAUGCACUCGGCGCGCGACGCUCUUCCGGCAUUCGACCACGCAUCUGCGCCGACAGCCCCGAGGUACCUAGGCUGGCGGCAAAAAGUGGCAACGUGGCCUGCAGCUAGCCCACCGAAGAGGAUAAACGGUCGCAAGUUGUCUGCGUAA